AUGGCUACUGUCAACAUUCGUCGGGAUGUCUCCGAUCCCUUCUACCGCUACAAGAUGGAGCGCCUGCAGUCGAAGAUCGAGGGCAAGGGCAACGGUAUCAAGACCGUCGUUGUCAACUUGAACUCGGUCGCUCAGUCUCUGGCUCGGCCUCCCGCUUAUGUCAUCAAGUACUUCGGCUUCGAGCUCGGUGCUCAGGCCAACGCUAAGCCGACCGAUGACCGUUGGAUCAUCAACGGUGCUCAUGAUGCCCCCAAGCUUCAGGACUAUCUCGAUGGCUUCAUCUCCAAGUUCGUGCUCUGCAAGAAGUGCAAGAAUCCGGAAACGGAUGUCAACAUCAAGGACGAGAAGAUCUUCUUGGACUGCAAGGCCUGUGGUCAACGUUCCGAGGUCGACUCUCGUCUCAAGCUGAGCACCUUCAUCCUGCGUGAUGUCGCCUCGGGCAAGGGAGGAAAGAAGGACAAGGCUUCGAAGAAGGAUCGCCGCGAUCGUAAGAAGGAGAAGAACAAGGCAGCCAACGGUGACAGCAAUGGCAGCCCCGGAGACAGCAACUCCGACAACGGCGAUGAGGAGAGCCCCGAUGCCGCCCUGGAAGCAGGAAGCGACGACGAGCUCACCCGCCGCAUCAAGGCUCAGGCCCAGAACAUUGAGGCCGAGGAUGAGAUUGAUGACGAUGACUGGGCGGUCGACGUCUCUGAGGAGGCCGUCAAGGCUCGUGCCAAGGAGCUUCCCGAUGAUCUCAAGCGCACCCUCGUUCUGGAGGAUGCCGACGAGGACGGUGCCGAUGGCCCGUCCGCCUACGAUGAGCUUGGUAGCUGGAUCAUCGACGCUGCUGCUCAGAAGGGUGGCGUCACUGGUGUCAGCGAUGUCGACAUCUAUAUGAAGGCCAAGGAGUAUGGCAUCGAGAGCAAGCACAAGACUCUGGCCGUUCUCGCCCAAACCAUCUUCGACGACAAGAUCGUCAAGCAAAUCCCCGCCCGUGCCGGUCUUCUCAAGAAGAUGAUCACUUCCGAGCGUCACGAGAAGGCUUUCCUGGGUGGAACCGAGCGCUUCGUCGGCAAGGACCGCCCCGAGCUGAUCGGGCAGAUUCCUGCCAUUCUGCUCAAGUACUACGAGCACGACCUCAUCUCUGAGGACACCCUCAAGGCUUGGGGUUCCAAGGCUAGCAAGAAGUACGUCGACAUCUCGACCAGCAAGAAGGUCCGCAAGGCCGCUGAGCCCUUCCUCGAGUGGCUUGAAAACGCCGAGAGCGAGGAGGAGAGCGAGGAAGACGAUGAGUAG